UGUUGUUGGGUGCGUACCGCGUGCCUCUCCUACUACAAUCUGCAAACCAAUUCCCUUCUUCCAUUUUCCCACCUUUCGUAUCAUUCCAAGUUCCAAUGCAUUCUCAAUUCACGGCUUCGUUGUUUAUUUAAGUGGGCUGACCCAUGCACAUCAUUUGAAUGGAAUUUUAUGGAGGCUAGCUAGAAGAGAUCAGUGUGAAAUUGUGAAAAAUAAGAAGGAACAUGGCGCCAGCUAGCAAGGCUGAAAAGAAGGCAGCAGUGGAUGCAGCUGCAUGGAUGUUCAAUGUUGUAACUUCUGUUGGAAUUAUCAUUGUAAACAAAGCUUUGAUGGCCACUUAUGGCUUCAGUUUUGCUACAACAUUAACAGGUCUUCAUUUUGCUACUACUACUUUGAUGACAGUCAUACUAAGGAUGCUAGGAUAUAUCCAGGCUUCUCAUUUACCCUUACUAGAAAUUCUAAAGUUUGUUUUCUUCGCUAACUUCUCCAUUGUUGGAAUGAAUGUCAGUCUAAUGUGGAACUCAGUCGGAUUCUAUCAAAUUGCUAAGUUGAGUAUGAUCCCUGUAUCCUGCUUGUUGGAAGUUGUUUUUGAUAAGAUUCGGUAUUCAAGAGAUACAAAACUGAGCAUAGGUGUUGUUCUUUUGGGCGUUGGUGUUUGCACUGUUACUGAUGUGAGUGUUAACACAAGAGGGUUCGUUGCUGCCUUUAUAGCAGUGUGGAGCACUUCUCUGCAACAAUAUUAUGUGCACUUUCUUCAACGGAAGUAUUCGUUGAGUUCCUUCAACCUUUUGGGACAUACAGCACCUGCACAGGCUGCAUCACUCCUGUUAUUUGGCCCUGUUCUAGACUAUUGGUUGACAAACAACAGAGUUGACAAAUAUGCUUAUAACGCAGGCCCUUUGAUAUUCAUAUUUCUGUCAUGCACUAUCGCGGUGGGGACCAACCUGAGCCAAUUUAUCUGCAUUGGAAGAUUUACUGCAGUUUCAUUUCAAGUACUAGGCCAUAUGAAGACAAUACUUGUUUUAAUAAUGGGAUUCUUUUUCUUUGGGAGGGAAGGUCUCAACGUUCACGUGGUUUUAGGGAUGGUAAUAGCCGUGGUUGGAAUGAUAUGGUAUGGCAAUGCCUCAUCAAAGCCUGGUGGAAAAGAGCGCUUGAACCACUCUCUUCCCACCAACAAAACAGAAACCAGAUAGUUUCACAGCACUGGCUCGUUCUGGUGAUUUUAUUUGCAAAAGUUGAGGAUAAGAAGAUAGGAGUAGGAAAGUAUUUAAUUAUUUGAAAUUAAACCUUAUUCGUUAUAAUUAUUUCAACCUUAUUUGCUAUUCUUUAAAUUUUCAUCUCGGUUAUGAAAGUAUAUUAAUUCCCCACUCAUAAUUGUAAUAUGUGCUUAGAUGACGACGGCACUUUUUGAUGAAAUUUUCAUGCUGACACAAUAGUGCAAAUUGCAAUGACUACAUGAACCAUAUAAUAUGACACUUUACUCUUAAAAUUAUAUAUUUUCCUUGAAAAUGUAUAUUAGGUUUGUCAGAAUUACUGAUGAUUUAACGACCCAUAAUGAAAAAUAUAGGAAAAACGAAUAAAAAAGCAAGCAAAAUCUUAGGGAAGACCAUUAAUAUAAAUUCUUAGAAAAGAAAAAUGAGAUUUUGGGGAGUACUGAGAACCAUACCCUAUGCCUCAACGUUCAAUUUCUCCAAUUAACGCAAACGUAUAAACUUGGUUACCUUUUUCAAACGUCUUCCAUCAAUGUUCACGAAAAAUAAGUAAUUACGUACUAAUGUAUGCAUACAAAGCAGUGUGAAAACUUGCAACAAAAUAAAUUAUAGACGGGUAGCUACCAAAUCAAGUGUUUGGAAUAAAGUAGUGAUAUUGUCAUAUUAAAGAGUUGGAGAAAAUAUAGAACUACUUAAUUUUCAAAUACAUUUUGUGAAUCAAAAUCAUCAUUGUCUAACAAUAUGAAUUCCAUAUAGAAAGGAAAAAAAUUUCUUAAAAAAGGCUUACUUAUAAAAUGAGGAAAACAACGAUAUAUCCACCCUUAAAUUCUUUAAGGUUGGAAUUAUCACAUAUUUUAAAUUAUACGAAUAGUAAAGGACUUCCUAGUUUUUACUUUAUAAAUAACUCACUUUUAAAAAACCUUAUGAAUGUGAAAGGACCACAAACAAUUUUAAUAUCUCACCAAGUUACAAAAUGUUUUGCGUCGC